AAUAUAUUUGGGCCGAUGGAAAGAAAUAUUAUAGUUUGUGCUGAUUUAAGACCUUUAGAUCAAGACGAGUUGGCAUUUCGAAGAAGAGCUUUACGAGACGCUGUGAUUUGUAUAGGAUGGCUGAAAUUAAUAUCUGUAUUAUGCUACAUGAUUUUGUACUUUCUGGUAGUUGUAAACAGCAAAGAGUCAAACAUGUCAAAGGCCAUCCAGUUUAUGAUAUUGGCAAUCAUACCUUUGAUCAUUCUUAACGGAUUGCUUUUAUUUCUGGGAGCAUUGGAAGAAAGAAUUUGGGCACUCGAGAUCGGCCUUUGGCUUUGUAUUGCGAUAGCGUCGUAUAACACGGUGCUAGGAGUUAUGGGCGGAAUACACUUCAUCCGGACCGGACAUUUGACAAUGCAUUUUAUGCUCGCAAUAGUAUUUGCCCUUUUGGCGAUAUCACUUUUCACUGUCGUAUGCCACGAUGUCUUACUAAUACAUGCUUACAAAAAACAUCUGAGAUCCUCUGUGACAUAA